UGUUUGUUCUUAGUGGUCCCUAGCAGCGGCACUGGUCCACAGGUAUAGUUUAUUUUCAGUUUAAUUAGAUAGCGUUAAGGAACGUGGCUAAACUGGAUCGUCUAAACAUGUUAUGUAUUGAGAGAUGUUAAUAGUUCAGCUAUGGACAGCACUGGCUUGCUAGGAAGCUAGCCACUUUGUCCACAAGUUAGCCAGCUAGGUUGGGUGAUGUUUGCUGUGCUAGCUUGCGAGUGGUAGGGCUCUGCAAAAAUGGAUGAAGAUUUCUUGUUAGCGCUCCAACUGCAGGAGCAGUUCGAUUACGAGGCAUCCACGUACUCGUCGAAUGUCGAUAAAAGUGUUGAUCAAGUCAGUAAGAAAAGAAAAGUCGGAACCGAUGACAGCGUCAUGCCAUAUUACAGUCAUUCUUUUGAACCCGAGAAGCCUAUGUCAAUCGUUGAUGAGUCAUGGGAGAUGCUUGACCCGAGUCCCGAUGUCCGAGCGAUGUUCAUGCAAUUCAAUGACAUGUUUUUCUGGGGAAAACUCUGUGGCGUGGAAGUUAAGUGGAGCCCCCGAAUGACGCUGUGCGCUGGUGUGUGCUCUUAUGAAGGACGAGGCGGACUGUGCUCAAUUCGUCUCAGUGAACCCUUGCUGAAGCUGAGGCCACGUCGCGAUCUGGUCCAGACACUUCUACAUGAGAUGAUACACGCGUUGCUGUUUGUCACUCAAAAUAACAGAGAUCGGGAUGGACAUGGGCCAGAGUUCUGCAAGCACAUGGACCGAAUUAAUAAAGCCAGUGGGGCAAAUAUCACUGUCUACCACACAUUUCACGACGAGGUGGACCUGUACCGUCAGCACUGGUGGCGAUGUGACGGGCCCUGUCAGUCUCGAAAGCCAUUUUUUGGCUAUGUGAAGCGUGCCAUGAACCGUGCCCCCUCGGCCAAGGAUCCCUGGUGGGCAGAUCACCAGCGCACUUGUGGGGGCACCUACCACAAGAUCAAAGAGCCUGACGACUAUGGAAAGAAAGGCAAGAAAGGUGAAGGCAAGGAUGACAAAGGCCUGACCAAACCCACAGGGAAGAGCAAGCCUUCCAGUACCGUGACAGGCAAGUCUGGUUCCCAGGACAUCAGGAAUGUCCUUCCAUUCAGUGGCAGAGGGUUUGUUCUGGGUGGAAACUCUCAGUUAUCUUCCUCUCAAAACCCACCUACCAGCAGUCAUCCAAGGCCCAAUGUCCCAGCUUCUCCCAAGCCUCUGUCGUCCCCAACAGGUGUUAACUCUCCCGGGUGGCCAGGCCAGAGCAGCCUUCAUAAGACUGCUAGUACAGCCACCGUGAGCCCUGGGUUAGGGGGACCCCGCCCACUGGGUAAAAAGUCCAUCAGCAAUACCAGGGCUUUCAUCAACAUCAAUGGGUCUCCAGUAAGGAUUUCAAAGGACGGUGGCCAUCCGGCAAAUUCAUUCAGUAAUUCCACAGAUUUUGCCCGUGCAAAGCAGAGGUCUGUCCACGACCUCUUCAACGCCAAAGGGCUCAAGUCUCCCGAUAGGGUGGGGACAAGUGCCAGUGCUUCAAGUGCCUCCAAAGCAGCAGCUGAGAUCAGAGGGUCACUUAAUGAUACACAGAGCGGAAGACCACUGGUGGAAGGCUCGUGCUCAAAGGCGUUCAGACAGCCAGCAGGAAGUGGGGACACUCUAAAACUAGGACACCCCAACAGCCUUCACGCUGGUAACCCUGGAAGCUCAAAGCCUGGGUUUGCAAGCUCAUUUGAUUCCAAGUACCCAAAAUCCCCUGCAAAGCCAAUAACCGCUACUGCAGUUUCAAGAAAGAGGCCGUGGGACGACAGAACCUCUGCCAGCAUCUUUGACUUCUUCCAACGGAAGCUGAAUGAGACGUCUUCCCCGAGGGGCAAGACAGAGGGCACUGGUGCGAUUGCCCCCACUCCCACUGUGCAGACCGCCCCUGUUAGCACUGCCAGCCUCACGGUCAGCUGCCCUGUGUGCCAGAGCACUGUCCUAGAGUCCAAAAUUAAUGAGCAUUUAGACUCUUGCCUGACAUGAUGAUUAUAGUUCCAGGAGACUGAUCUGCAGAAGUGGCUAUGGAUUGCAGUAUUGCUGAUUUAGAAUGUUUUAAUUAGUUUUAAUAAAUUGGUGAGUAGCUGUAUUUUAGAACAUGUUGAUUUUAAAUAAAGGAUUCUAAGAGGUUUUAACAGUAGAGGCAUUUUGGUGAAGAUUCCCAGUUUGUUUGCAAGGCAACUAGUAAAGUCUUUUUUCAGUAGUGGACAAAUUCAAUUUAAAUACUAUUCAAGUUUUUAAAAUAAUGCAACU